GGGCGGGGCUGCGCGCGCCAGGUCAGUGGCUUCACCGUGGCAGCCGCAGCUGGGGCGCGAGUGGCGGCAGAAGGCGGGCGGUAGGGCGUGAGGGCCAGCGGGAACGCGCGCGUGCUGGCAGCCGAGGUCCCUCAGGAAGCAGGGGAGCGCCCAACGCCGCCCCGCACGCGCCGCCCGACGCCGGCGGCGCGCGCGAGGGCGGGGGAGGUGCGCGCGUGUGUGCGAGUGAGUGUGUGUGUGUGUGUGUGUGUGUGUGUGUUGGGCUUGGGUGCGGAGCGUGAGCCGUCAGUGCUCGGGUACCGGUUACCCCGCCGUCUUCCACAUCCUCCGUCGCUCCCUGCUCCUUCCCACGACCCUACAGUGUCCUCCCACGGGCGCAAAACGAACAAGAGCGUUACGGAGCAGGUGUGGGGGGGUGGGGGGAGGUGGAGAGGAAGGGUAGCACCAGACAAAAGGGGCGCCGGGGUCAGCCCGCCAUGGCCUCCCGGAGCCUGGGGGGCCUGAGCGGGAGCCGCUGCGGGGGCGGCGGCGGCGGCAAGAAGAGCCUGAGCGCCCGCAAUGCUGCGGUGGAGAGGAGGAACCUGAUCACCGUGUGCAGGUUUUCAGUGAAGACCCUGAUUGAUCGGUCCUGCUUUGAGACAAUUGAUGAUUCUUCUCCUGAAUUUAACAAUUUUGCAGCUAUUUUGGAACAGAUUCUCAGUCACCGGCUAAAAGAGAUAUCCCAAAGUUGCAGAUGGCUGGCUCAUCUCCAAAUACCUCUUCAAGGUCAAGUAACCUGGUUUGGUUAUGAAAGUCCUCGUAGCUUCUGGGACUAUAUCAGAGUGGCUUGCCGGAAGGUUUCACAGAAUUGUAUCUGCAGCAUUGAAAAUAUGGAAAAUGUCAGUUCCUCUAGAGCUAAGGGUAGAGCCUGGAUUAGAGUAGCACUCAUGGAAAAACAUUUAUCUGAAUACAUCUCUACAGCUCUGAGAGACUUCAAAACAACCAGGCGAUUUUAUGACGAUGGAGCAAUUGUCUUGGGCGAGGAAGCGAAUAUGCUUGCUGGCAUGCUGCUUGGACUCAAUGCCAUUGAUUUCAGCUUCUGCCUCAAGGGAGAGGGAUUGGAUGGAAACUUUCCUGCUGUAAUAGACUACACACCAUAUUUGAAGUUUACCCAGAGUUCUGAUAGUAUCAGCAGUGACGAGGAAGAACUGAGGACUUUGGGAAGCAGUGGUAGUGAAAGCAGCACUCCAGAGAAUGUCGGGCCUCCUUUCAUCAUGGAUGAGAAUAGUUGGUUCAACAAGUGUAAGAGAGUUAAACAAAAGUAUCAGCUAACCCUGGAACAGAAGGGUUAUCUUGAAGAACUCUUACGACUUAGAGAGAACCAGCUGUCUGAAUCUGUCUCCCAGAAUAAAAUACUGCUUCAAAGGAUUGAAGAUUCUGAUCUGGCCCAUAAACUGGAAAAGGAACAAUUAGAAUAUAUAAUUGUGGAGCUUCAAGAUCAGCUGACUGUGCUAAAGAAUAAUGAUUUAAGAUCAAGACAAGAGUUAACUGCCCACCUCACCAACCAGUGGCCUUCCCCAGGAGCUCUGGAUGUCAAUGCUGUUGCCUUGGAUACGUUGCUUUACCGAAAACACAAUAAACAGUGGUAUGAAAAAAGUUAUCAAAGUCUUGACCAGUUAUCAGCUGAAGUUAGCCUUUCUCAGACUUCGCUGGAUCCAAGUCAUUCACAAGAAGGAGAUGGAAAACAAGACACGUUAAAUUUAAUCACUGAAGGUAAAGAAGAUACUCCCUCAUUACUCGGUCUCUGUGGGUCUCUAACAUCAGUGGCAAGUUACAAAUCACUAACAAGUCUCAAAUCUAAUGACUACCUUGCAAGUCCCACAACAGAGAUGACAAGUCCAGGCCUAACUCCAUCCUGAAAAAUUUUAUGUAAAAGCCAGAAGUUUUUAUGUUGCAAAUGUUCUAUUUACAUAAGUUUGACUGCUGGGGAAAACCUUUGGAAUUUUAUAUUGUUCUGGCACAUGUAUGGAAUCCUAUUGCUUCUUUUAGAGAAUUCAGUCUAUUUCAUGUGCCCUUCUGAGUGAAAAAAAAUGAUCCUGCCAUUUUCAUUUUAAGAUUCUUACAUUUGUCACUGAGGAAGUUUAAAUAUGAAUAGGCUUAAAAAACUUUCAAAUAUCCUUUAAAUUAAUAACCCAUUGUAAACGGUGAUGUAUAUUUAUUUAGCUGAUUUUCAUGUAUUUAAAUGCAUCAUCAUUGCCAGGCUGAGUUGAAGGUUUUAUUCUAGAGACAUGUAAGUUUUUUCUUUUACUCUCUUAUUCAAUGAUUUUCUAAAAAUGACAUGUUAAUUUCAUUUUUUCAUUAAUUUCUUCCUAUAUUCUGAUGUUUAAAUGCCUUGUUUUUAAUAUGAGGAGGAAAUUCUUGGCUGGUUUCAUAGUGGCUUAUUCAGUUUUGGCAUCAAAAUUCCAUUAACAUUUUAUAAAUUUUGUAGGAAUGUGCCUUUAGGCCAUCACUAAAUUUAUGAGGGUCAUAUGGGAAGUAUUUUACAGCAUUUCGGUAAAGUGGAUAAAUUUCUUAUCUUUAUUUUCCCCAAGAUUUUCUUAAGAGGUUACAUAAAAAUAUCAAGUAUUCCUCAAUAGUUAGAAAACAUUUAAAAAUGUACAAUACUUCUUGAAAAAAACUCCAGGUUGAUUUAAGGAUUUGAGAUCUUUAAAGUAAGGAUUAGUAAUCACCACACUAAAUAAUCUGACAUAAUAGGGUUGUUUUGUUGUCCCUUGUGUGCAACAAUGAACCAUGCCAUGUUAACGUUAAAAAUCCCUACACUUCUACUAAAGUUAGUUUUCUUUUUUGAAAAGUUAUGUGCUAUAAACUUUUUGCAGUUUUUGCAACUAUAUAUUUCAUCCAUAAAAAUCCCACCAUACCGAAAGAAAAAAAAAUGUAUGAAGUAUAUUUUCUAUAGUAAGUAAUAUGAGGAAAACACGAUCAGUUGUGCCAAAGAAGUUUUCUAUAUUGUUUACAUGAAGAGGACACAAUACUUAAUGGGGACUUUGUAUGCUAUUUUUGUUUACUAAGAAAACAUUACAUUCAAACUUAGGAGCUUGGACAUAACAGGAAGAAUGUUCCUCCUACAGCGAUUUCUUUUAUUCAGAGGAGGCAAGAAGAGCGCUGAACUUACUACAUCGUCCUUCGCAUUAGAAAUGUGUAGGAGUGUGGUGGUUCUCUGCAAUACUUAGAGCUUUAUUCUCAUAAUUUGGAAUUUAAGAUAAAUAAUAAGAAGGCUAGUGUUCUAUGUAAGACACUUUAAGCAAUGUUAUUUCAGGGACAGAGGAGGCCUGGAAGCUGUUAAAAUAAGUUAUCCUAGAUGUACCAGAACAUAUUCAGAGCUUUAUUCCUUUAGCUUAAGGCUUUAGUACUUGUAAAAAUGCAAAUAUUCUUGAAAAUUGGUACUUUUACCUGCUCUUAAUUAUGUAUACCUUAUUAUGAGUGAGGUAUCCAAAGCAAUUUUUAAUGAGCAUGGGGCUGGAAGGAAGAUAUAAAAUGAGGACAGUGGCAACACUGGGAGAAGAGAGUAAGAAAUGGCUAAGUUGGGGAACUUGAAAAAUUUGAAGCUGGCUUCUUAAGCACUAUUGCUGCUUUCCUAAAAAACGAUCAGAAUGUGUAAAAUGUUUUAUCAUUCACAGUCCACUCUGAACUGACAUUUAUUAUUCCUCAGUGAUUUAAAACAAUCAUUGUUAAAUUUUUUCCAUACAUUUUUAUAAUACAGAAAGGAAAUUCAAGAUUCCAUAAUGGAUAAUUUUCCAGAUUUGUCUAAUGCAUUCAGUAACCUGUGCAUCUUCACAUGCUGCUAAAUGCAGAUUUAAACAUGACAUCUGAGGAUCAUGACUUUUCCUCCUUUCUUGGAGCUCUUGGUACAAAAUUCAUCUGCUGAUGUGAAUUCAGGUUUCUGUACAGUUCAUUUCACACUUGUUAUAUACGUAAUGUCUGCAUGAGGAAACAAUGUAUGUCUCAAUCUUUAAUUUUAGGUGGUAGUAUUUAUUGUUUACACACCCUAUCCAAAAUAGAAUGCUGAAUUAUAUGCUGAUAUUUCCAUGUGUAUUUUGUUGCCUUGAUGUACUAUACUUGUUGCAUGUAUAUUAAACGUUUUGUACUAUG